AUGAAUAGUUACAACUCAAAUUUACCCAGUGCUCGAUUACCGAGAUUAAGACGUGAAUUAAUUGAAUUACACGAUGAACCAUUGAAAGGCAUUAAUGUAAUCUUUCCUCAUGAAGAUGAUAUGACAAUAAUGUGUUUAAUUCUUACCCCUUUACAAGGUCCUUUUCAUGGUAUAAGAUUACAUUUAACAGUAAAUGUUCCUGAAAAUUAUCCCCAAGUAGCCCCUAUUGUUUCAAUUCAAACAACUGUAAAGCAUCCAAACGUUUUUAUGGGUGGAUAUAUUUGUGCCGAUGUUUUACAAGAAAAAUAUCGAAGUUCUCGAUAUUAUAAUGGAGGCUAUACUCCAGGUUAUUUAUUAAAAUAUAUUUUUUUACAAUUAUUAAGUUUCUUUUCAGAUAAAAAUAUUGAACAAGAGGGAGGAUAUGUUCUUGACUUCAUGGACCUUUAUAACUUAGAACCAAACAAAUUUAAAAGUGAUAUGAAAGAUUUGGUAAAGAAAUUUAAAUGUAAUAAAUGUGGUUAUAAUGAUAUUGGGACCAAACAUUAUAUUAAUAUUACUCCUGAUUCAAAUGAAAUUGAAAAAUUUGAUAUUUAUGGAACUCCUUACAAUAGUCAGAAUAAUAACUUUAAUGAUGAUCGCAAAGAAAACCAAAUAAUUAAAACUUCGAUUAAAAAAGAUGUUGUAGAUUUAAACGACGAUUGUUGGUUGAAUAUUAUAGAAUUCUUGAAUGAACGGGAUAUUUUAGUUUUAUCAACGGCUUAUCCCCGUAUUAAUGCUUUAAUUCAUCAUUAUAAUAUUUUAUUACGUCGUCAAUUGAUUUGUUUUUAUCUUCGAAAAACAUUUACUGAAGCAAUUUUAGGUAUAGGAGUUAAAGUAGGAAGUAAUCAAUCAGUAGAAAAAAGGGAAUUAAUUAUUUCAGAAUUUGAUUUAUUUUCUUAUGAAGCAUAUCGGGAUCAUCGUUUACGUUCCGGAAUAUGGGGUGAUUCGUUUACACAUUUUCUUCCCCUGGUAUUAAGCGCAGUUCAUUUCGAGAAAGCAUUACCUAUCAUUAAAACUAGUUUAAUGAAUAUAAGAGAUUAUACCGAGUGGAAAUCGGAAUUAGUUUUAAAAACAAUUCCGGGAUUAAUGAGUUCGAUGGUAGUUAAUUUGAUGAAAGCAUGUGAUAAUAAUCGACAACAAUCAAGUGCAGUAAUAAAAGCAUCCGAGAAAGCAUUACAAGGAUAUUGUUUAUUACUUCAUUUAUUAACCAUGUUGAGUAAUCAAACCGAUCAACGACGACGCUUUAGACAUAAAACCAAUACACCAAAUUUAGGGGAAUUUAUCAUUUAUUUAUUUUUAUGUCGAGAUAUUAAUUGGAAAGAAUUUUGUACCGGUUUCUUGGAAGAAUUAUUAUCCCGUAAUGUAGUUUGGUUUUUAAAUAAGGAAGCAAGUUUAGCAUAUAUUGAACCGGAUGAUUAUAUUUCAAAUUAUAGAUUAACUAAAACGUUCGAAUUAAGUAGUACUUCAUUAAGAUUAGUAAUGUUUCAAGUAGCAUUUUUAAAAAUGACUCAAGAUAUGAAGAAUUCUCAAAAAAAUAAUUUAGAUAAAAGAUAUGGUUACCCUACUGAUGAAAUGAGUAAUUCUUUAUUACAACUUAUUAAAAAAAUAUAUCAAGUAAAUACUUGGGAUGUAUUUUUUGAAAUGAUAGAUUAUGAUUUAUUCGAAAAUGAGAAAAAUAAAAUAGGAUGGGAAUUAAAAGUAUUAAAAUUAUUAAAAAAUGCUAUUAAUGAUAGUCUAAUUAGUGGAUAUCAUCAAAUGCCUUAUACUCUUAAUGAAGUAUAUUACUUAAUAAGUCGAUGUGAACCAGGAAUUCCUCCAUCAACUUCAUCACUACAAAGAGAUAAUAAUAAUGAAGAAGUAAUAACAGGAUUAACUUUUUAUCCAGAUCAAAGAUCAACAAGACAAAAUGAAGAUAGAAGAAAUAAUCCAAAUGAUUAUAAUACAC